GUAAUAUACUUGAGGGGGUGGGGCUUGGUCUUUAAGGAACUAUGGACAAAAAAACUUAUCCAAGAAGACACCAUGAAUAGUGAAGGCGGCAAACCCCAGCACAGUUCCGUCUUCAGAAGUUCGUGCGUGGGAGUUUUAAUGAUGGAGAGUUUGGAGUCGCUGAAGUAACCGCCGAGGCUCGAGCCGUCGGAGCGGCUUCUCGCCCAGAAGCCGCCUCUCCUCUUCACGCUUUGUUUUGCGGUGAAGGAACCGAUGGUAACCUCCGGGGAGCGGGCACAUAAACUUUGCCAAUAAUUUCCAUCAUAUCGCAGUCGCCUAAUGGUCGGGGAUCUGGUCUAACAUGAUGAAAGCUGAAGGUAAAGGUGAGAGGACGUUCAGGAGCGCUUCGCCCCAUAGGAAUGCGUACAAGGCGGAUUUUCAGGCUCUGAGGUGCACUUUUGAUGGAAGCAAACAGGAAAACAUUCCUAAAAUGGGUGCCCAAAAAACGAAUAGAGAAACUGGACACAGGGAAGAGAUGAGAGGAAGGCAUUUCGGUAAUCGUGUACAUAAAAUAAAAAAUAUGUUGUUACAAAUGGGCAACACACCCGAUGAAAUUAAUGAAACUAACAAGCCUGAUUUACAUCCAGUUUCUCAACAGAGUGGAGUUGCCUAUAAUAAUGCCCAUAAGUCAUAUCCAAAAGCAUCCAGUUCAGAUAAAACGAAUAGUGAAGAUGGGGAUUUGGACAAAACUAGCAUGGCUGAAAAAUUCUCCGAAACGAGAAAACUUUUUGAGCGUCAAAUUGAAGAAAAGGUGUCAGAUAAAGUCCCUCAUAAAAACGAGAACAAAGUUUCACUUAGUGUUUCAUCUGAGAGUAGAAGGAGCGGCUCAUCGUCUUCAGAAAGUGGAGGAAGAAAAGUUAAGAGCGACUUAAGUCCCACCACUGAUCUGUCCAACAACGAUUUGAGAGAUCGAAGUAAUCUGAAAGCUGCUAGCGAUUUAAAACAAAACCAACCUCGCUCAUCUCUAAAUGCAGGCCCAAUUUCUAGACGAUUAGAAAACUUUCUAGCGGAUAGUGACAGCGAUGAAACAAACAAAGACAACAAAACAAAGACCCCUGCAACUGAGUAUCGGAUUUCUGCAGGGCACCAAAUGCCGCCCGGCACUUCAUUUAUCAGUAAAAGCACGUCCCCUGCAGGAGAUGAUGAGAAAUUGUCUCGUUCGAUUUCAGUGAAUACACCUAAACAGAAAAGUGAAGAUCAGAAAGAAACAGGAAUACAGAUCUGUAGCAACAAUUUUAGGACACGUGAAAGUCACCUUUUGGAAGCAGAAAAAUGUCAAAAAGAUUCCUUUGGUUUCUCUGAACCACCAUCUGCUCAUAAAACGGUUCCUUUUAGCAGCAGUGCCUUCAACAGUGAAUCAGACAGUCAUGUUCCAAAUGUGGGUGCAAGCAAAAUAGGAGUAGUUCGGGCAGAAUUGGUGGAAGUUCAGAAUGAAUCUUCAGAGAGUGAAAUUGAAUUGGAUGAUGUUUUUGUUGAGAGGGAGGUAGAGAAAUCAGUGGAACCACUAGCUCAGAACAUUAGCCGUGUGGCAGGACAGACACGUGAAACAUCCAACAUCAAAGAAGACAAUGAUCAGACGUUUGAAGAGAUAAUGAGCAAAUCAGAUGACAGUGUAGGAGAGGAGGAAGAUGAGGAUAUUGAGAACAUUGAAGAGGAAGAUGGAGAUAGUGGAAAGUUGUUUUUAGGCUCAGAGGUUUGUGGGAUAGAGAAUGCUGCAUUUGUAGAUGAUAAAGACACUGAAGAAUCUUUCCAAGAAGAAAAUGAAAGCAAGUGUGAUGAUGAGUACUUGGCUGAAGAGAUUAACUAUACCCUUGAUGAUGAUUAUGAGGAAAUAUCUGGCCUUUCUGAGGAAGAAGAGCCAAAUUCACACAGACAGGUUCAUUUCUCUACAGCUCCAAUCAAGGUUUAUAGCACCUACUCAAAUGAUGACUAUGAUAGGCGUAAUGAGGAAGUUGACCCUGUGGCAGCCUCAGCAGAAUAUGAGUUGGAGAAAAGAGUGGAAAAAAUGGAUGUUUUUCCAGUUGAAAUUGAGAAGGGCGAAGGUGGUCUUGGAAUUAGCAUUAUUGGAAUGGGCGUUGGAGCAGAUCAAGGACUUGAAAAGCUGGGGAUUUUUGUGAAGACUAUCACUGAAGGUGGAGCAGCAUAUAGAGAUAAACGAAUCCAAGUAAAUGAUCAGAUAGUUGAAGUAGAUGGUGUUAGCUUGGUUGGCGUUACACAAAUCUUUGCCGCUACUGUAUUGAAGAACACUAAAGGCAUUGUUAGAUUCCGAAUUGGUCGGGAAAAACCUGGACAACAGAGUGAAGUUGCCCGGCUUAUCAGUGAAACAUUAGAACAGGAAAGAUGCCAGGAGGCACUUUUGGAGCAGCACUGUACUCGGUAUAGUACAAGUGAUAAUGAGCAGUCUGAAGAGUUUCCUGAAGAUGAAAGUAUGACUGCAAAUGAAGAUGGAGCUGGGGGGACAGUUGAAGUUUCUCAACUACCUGAAAAUGAAAAUCUAGAUUUACCAUCAGACAUGGAUUCACUACUUGCUCUUAAACUGAAAGAGCUUCAAACUAAGAACACCAUUAGUGCAGCAGAAAUCAGUGAAGUGACAGAAAGGCUGAAAGUUGCCGAAGCAGAGAAGAUUAAAUGGGAAACCACAAAGAUGCAGCUUCAACAAAGUGUUGAAGAGAAUAAAGAGAAAAUGCAAAAGGUGGAACGAUACUGGUUAGAAGCACAAAAUCUUUGCAAAAUGGUAAAUGAGCACUUGAAAGAGACCCAAUCUCAGUAUGAUGUUUUGGAGAAAAAAUAUAACAAGGCUAAGAAACUUAUAAAGGAAUACCAACAAAAAGAAAUUGAAUUUAUUAAGAAAGAAGAGGAUCAUAGAAAAAUUCUGGAGGAUCAAGAAAAAGAACAUGCAAAACAGCUGAAAGCAUUACAUGAUCAGAUACUAGAACUGAAAAAUGAACUGCAUUCCACUGGAGAGGUGCCUCCAUCGCAAAACAACAAUGAACUGCACAAAGCGAAACUGAUGUUUGAGAAUCGAGAGCAGUGUGAAGAUAUUUACAGUAAAGAGGAAGAUGAGACAAGCCAAACUUCCAAAACUGCUGGGGAAUGGGAAUGUAGCAACACUUUCAAAACCUGUGAUUUUGAUGAGGCUGUUCCCGAAACCAAGCGAUUAGACACGAGUUCACACAAAGCAAAAGCCCUGCUUGCUUUAAAAGUUAAAAGACAGCCUCCAUCUAGGUUCAAACUAAAGGAAUCUUUUGGAGCUGGUGAUAAUUAUGAAUAUAUACAGAAUAAUGAGGAAAUUUAUGAGGAGAAUGACGAAGUCCAGCAAGCAGAAGUUUCAUGUGUCCUGAGUAGCUUGGAUUCUUUGCAAGCUAUUGAAGAUAUGUCUGUCCCUGGGCCAGAUGCAUCAAUGAAAGAUGAAGCUUUAGAUGAAAAGCAUGAAGUGGAGAGCACAACCAGCUUGCAUGAUCGAAGCUCAUCUGCAUCCCCUUGCUCCUCUCCAGUUCACAAGAUAGAUGAGAGUAGCACAAGCUCAAAACACUCUCUUUCUAGAGUCACAGCACCUUCAAGUUCUCCUACAUCAUUUCUUACAAAGAUAAAGAAACGAGAAUCAAAAGGCAAAGGGAAAGAGACCAAUGAAGGCAAGAAAAAUGAAGAAGAAACAUCCUUUGGGAAUGAAAAUACAUCAGGAAAGCUUAAAAGAAGAUUUGCUGAUUUUGGUGGAUUAAGAAAAUCUGGUGGAAAAGGCAAGAAAUUAGAUAAAGAAGAUCGUAGAACUUCUCUUGAUAGCAGGGGAUCUAAAGAAAUGCUUGAGUGCUCAGGUGGUAACCUUUCUGCUGCAGAAUCAGUCACAUCCAUACCAACUUGCAUGCCUUUUUCUUGGUUUGGGGAUAGUCGUAAGGAAGCUGUCUCUUCCAACAGCAGUCUUCAUUCACCUUCAAAUUCACAUGACAUCUUUUGUGAACAGGACAAGGAGAAGCCUAGAAGUAAAGUACUUGAUGAUCAAGCAACAGCAGGAAAACAAAACCAAUGGCAAAAUCGAGCUGUUUCUGAAUGGACAACCCAACAAGUCUGUCAUUGGCUGAUGGGAAUGAAUUUAGAGCAAUACACUACAGAAUUUGUUUCUAAAAACAUUGAUGGAGAACAUCUAAUGCAACUAGAUAGCAGUAGACUUAAGGCUUUAGGUGUUGCCAGUCAAAAUGAUCGUGCCACCAUAAAGAAAAAGCUUAAAGAGAUUAAGAAAGCACAAGAGAAAGUAGAAAAACAAAGAGAGAAGAUUCAAAAGAAAGAAAAAGAACAACAGAAGAAAGCUGGUAAACAGGCCACCUCUGUAGAAACAAUCUGUUAAAUGGGACUAGAAGUGUGAUUGAGAUCACUUUAGGUAGUUAUGCUAUCAGUGUUAUAGUAUAUUAUAUACUUCACAAAAUAAGUGAUUCAAAUAUACAAAAAAACUCAAAUGUAUGUUAGUUUGACAUUUUUAUUAGAUAAAUUUAUGGUACAUUUUCAUGUUUGGAGUAGGUAAAUUUCUGUAUAUAUUGUUAAUACAUUUUUGUAGGUUUCUAAUUCUAUGCAGUUUUAACUAGCUCUGGCCUUAUAAUGGUAAUAAAUGAAAUUAAUAUUUUAAUAAAACCUAGUGUAUCAUUAAAAAUUUCAUAAAAUACUUUGAUAAAGGGUAUUGAAAAGUAUCUUGAAUUUCUGAAUGUGAUGAGAGCUUACAUGGAAGAAAAAUUACACUACAAAGUCAUUUAUGUACAAAGUUUUAGAGAAUAUAGUGCAACAGUAAAGCACAUAUGCCUGUGGGAUAAAUGGCUUCAGGGUUUAAUGCGCAUUUCACAAAAGGUGAUAGAUUUUUGUACUUACAGGGAAAACUGUACAUUAUUACAUUUUUAUAAUUCUGUACCUUAUAAAUCCAUUGCAUGUAAGGGCCAACACUUUUUUGUAUAUUUUCUUUAAUCCUCUCCAUCGAGUUAAUAUGAACAAUUUAAUUUUUUUCCAAAGAAUAAUGUGUGAUUGGGGAGUGAUUACAAGAACAUACAUUGAGAGUUCUAAUGUUGUAUACCACAAAGGCCAAGCUUUGAGGGGGUUGUUAUCCUUUGAAUCCAGGAGGAGAUUACUUUAAUUCCCAUCUCUCCUGUUGAUAAAUUUUUAUAAUGUUUAAGGCUGUAUUACUUUUAUGGUUCUUUGAUUUCAGUUUCUACAUUUUCCUGAUCUUGACCACUCAAACAUUGAAUACCCUCAACAUCUGCUAUUACCUGAAAUUUUAUUAUUUUUGUAUAUGUCAUUAGAUGUUGUUGUGCACCUCUUGCAGUUGCAUAUCAAGGUAUCAUCUAGUAUACUGUGUAGUACUUUUACCCAUUUCGUCUCCAAUAUACUAUCAAAAUAUAAGUCACAGUGGGUAAUUAUUUACUUGCAUCACUCUGCUGCCUCUUUGGUCAGCGUCACCUUUCUUUCCCACUUAAAUUUCUGGUUUCUACAUGUUGUCUCUGUGUCUCAACUGCAUUCUCCUCUGUUCUGUAUCCAGCUAGCAAAAAGCACUAGCUGAUCUAAUUCAAAGCUGGUAUUCUGAAGCUGCCCGAGUUCCCUUGACUGACUUCAGAUUUUUAAAUGAUUCCAGAAAACUAAAUAAAAUAAAAUAUUUGUUACAUUAUUUUGUUUCCCCCCACCCCCCAAUUUUCUUAAAUAUUUAAAUAAAAUUUGGGGGAAAAAAUUUAAAAACACUAACUGGAAGGAGACUAUGCAAAUAAGCUUGCAGUUAUUUUUACAAAGAUUUGGUAGCGUUGAAUUUCCACCUGAAAAAUAUAUCAUUCAUUUUUUUUAAUGACAUUCACUUGAAUUUAAACUUCUGAAGUAAAAACUGUAAGCAAAGAGCCGUUGAGUACUAUUAUUUAAAAUCAAGUUUGACAUGCUAUACGAAAGCGUUUUUUUGCCACUGGGUCUUAUUGCCAGUGACCAGGAAGCUGCUUUCAGUAGUAUAAUUACUGCAAAAUGUAAUUUUGUAUCAUGAAACUUGUAUUUGUAUUCUUCUGAAAAGUUGGGUUUUCCACUAUUGUUGCUAAACAAAAAAAGUUGUGACAAAAAGGAAAGAAAAAUGGUUUGUUCUUAACUGUUUAUCCACUGAAUAAAAAAUAAAUAAUUAUCCAAA